AGCGCGGAGUCACGCUUCAUUUUGCUGUGAGGGGUGACAGCGCCGUUUUACUUGUACACACGUCAUGCAUUGAAUGAAUAUUUUAUCGGUAUUACAUUCGCUUAUGUGUGUAUUAUCCAGUUUCUAGUUUUAACAACACGUUUACUGAGCUUGCGUUUUUACUUUCGAGUGAGUGGUUGCACGGUUAGGAUGGUAGCUAGGUUAGCUAGCUAACAGGCACGACACGACAUGAAACGUGUUAAGUUUAUGUCGAUAAUGUAACAUCUCCUCUAUUUUCCUGCAAUUUUGGUUAAAACCACAGCCUAAACAGCCGACAACACGACUUGUCUCCAAAGUUGGAUACAGUUAGUGUUCAAAUAAUGGAGAUGUGGUCGUCUCAGUUGCUAACGUUGUCUACCUUAGCUACCGUUAGCUAGCCAACAAGCCCGCGACUGAGCUGGGUAAUGUAGUUAGAUAAGCAGGUUAACACUUGUAUAGGCUGUACGUGCUGUGAUAGGGGUCGACAACACGCGGAAUUACAUUUGUAGAUUUGAAAUAAAAUAAUUCUUUGCAGUAAAACAAUGCUCUGUUGAUUGUUCAAACACAAUUGAACUAUAAAUAAUCUUAAAGGCUGCACUUAAUGUAGAACUGAUCAUUCAAGUCUCACCUAGCUGGAAAUGAAAAAGAUUUUAGACGGAACAUCGAUAAUUUGGAGACAGGCUUUAAUCUGCCUCCAGAAACUGUCAAACAUUUAAAAGGUCGCGAAUCUAAAGUCAUCUCAUUUGCCAGCUUCUUGUUAGAAUUUUAAAAUUCGAACAAGUAACGCUAGCUAACGUGGCUGAUGAAUGGGAAGCGAAUUCAUACUCCUAAAAAGACAAAUGUUCCGGGAUAUUUUACAAGAAACUGUUCUACUUUUACCGCCUGAGCUAUGCAUUCAGUAACUGCUAACACAAAGACUUGCAGUUAUUUUACAGUGACAUUGCUUAUAUUAUUGUUACGAGUCUCUUUUUUUUCUCCUUAAGUGGCCACAAUGUUGAUCGAAAUAAAACGCGGAGGAACAAAGAAAUAUGUGAAACUGGAAGGAGCCAUCUUCUCAGACUUUAACAGUGCAGACAUCCUAGCAGAAUCAUCCAAGAAUGUGGCUGCUGGCCCCAACCUGACUGAAUGUGUGACACUCACACCUUGUGAUUUUGCUGUUGUGCAACAAGACAGUGAAUGGCCUUCCUCCCAGAGUCUAACGGAUACAUUGUCUGUCUCAACGUAAAGCAGUCUAAGCAGUGACAAAAGUGAUACUGGAUGUGAAAAGAUUCAACCUGUCAUGGACAGCACCCAUGCAAGAAAUGCAGUGGAGCAGAUUCUCACCUCUAUGUCAGCAGGUGUGACUGUCCUCAAAGAGUAUGAAGAAACUGGGAGUUUGAAAGAUUCCACCAGGGGUUUAAUGGUGAACAUCAUUGUAGCUGUGAAAAGGAAGGGAACAUUUUUAUGACCGAGCAACAAAGGCUUUCUUGAGUGGCGUGUGAAGACUGCAAUGGUAAUCCAAAACUCCAUCUAAAUCCGCUAGCAGAGUGGAGCUAAAAGAAGGUCCCACGUUAUCAAGGACGUUUGGUUCCAUAGAUUGGCAGCAAACAGGAGAUGAGUGUAUGGAGGCCAUGUCUUUUCUACGCCACGCUACUGAUCGUGACUUGGUCUACCAGAAGAUGAAAGAAACAUUUCCACUAUCGUCAAAAGACGCUCCAUGACCGGCAGUAUGCAGACAUACUUCAGAUGUUUCUUUGUUUCUUGGACACAAAGGGACUGGUUUUGCAAGACUUCUUGUUGAUGUUUGGAGCAGAGACUGCUUCCAGGUUUCUGGAAAAAUGGAACAUCAGUUUCAAAGACAAGAUCAUCCAAGAGGCCAGGGUCCUCAAAGAAACACCCCUUCUAAAAAAAACAUCUGAAAUCUGCCCCGAAUGAACAAUCCGACACUGCUGAUGAGCCAGAGUGGGACAGCGAUAUGGCUUCUCUUCUUGUCUUGCUGCAUCUUCUCACCCCACAACCAGCUGGAAAGAUAGCGGCCCAAGAAGAUCAGCGUUGAAGAGGCAAUAGAUCAUCUGGUGAAAUUUCACAAGUCUUGCCACAGCCUGGAGGAUCACCUCAUGAGUGUUGAAUGAAACUCCCAGCCAUAUCUUCUGGCCACAGGGACUUCAAAAGCACAGACGGCGCAGUGAGCGACUGAAGGAGUGAAGCAUGCAGGACAGAGCGUCGGCCGUCGUACCUGUACGUCAUGACGUAGGCGCCAAUCCCCCACACGCACACAGAGAAGGGAGGGAGUGGAUCACAAGCGUGUUUAAAUGUAUUUAUCCGCUCGAGGGACUCUGAGGGGAACUGUUUCACCGGGGAACGAUUUGGAAUUUCAUUACAGGACGGACCGAAUGAGGUCCAUGCUGAAUGAGCAAAUGUGGGUCAGUGCUACAUAAAAGGUUAGGCCAGUCCUUGUAUAUGAAGAGAUGAUGCAAUGUAUUUCCUUAGGUGUGUGUCCAGAUAGUCAGUGCAAGGUCAUUAAAAAAAUCACCUUUUUGGGGAUGGAAAUGUGACCAGCUUUUUGAGAGAAGACAUGAAAGUGUAUUUGCAUGGUUCAAGGACAUUCCCACGGCUCAAGAAACCUACACAUUAACAGAUGCUGAGUCCCUUCCCUGGUGAGGCUCUACCAGAUGACACAUUUGAGACCAGCGCCAGUACCUACAACAUUUCUUCCUUCUGCCUUAGUACACCAUACGGCUACCAACAACUUGAUCUAGAUUUUGUUAAAUACGUGGGUGACAUUAAACAAAAAGACACCAUUCGGCGGUUUGGUUUUAACAGGCGGCCCAGGGCCAGUCCAGUCUCUGAAACACAGAGUAGGGUUGACCCCUCUCACUGGGCCUCCUCUGAAUCUCUGUCAUCUGUGAGCAGUGAUGAAGCUCGGAAUCCCUCCAUCACAGCCCCUUCCUCCUCUUCUUCUGUCAACAGAAGAAGACCCCCGCUUCCACCCUCCUAUUCUUCACUUAAAUCAACUCCUGAGAUUCCUGAGCAUUCUCAAACCUUACCUCACUGCCAUAAACCUUCAGAGGGGAAGCCUCCCCCAGCCACAUGCCAACUUACUGCUUCCAAACUAAACUCUCUGGUGGAUAAAACUUUGGUUGAGACCUGCAGGCGUUUGGAGCAAGAGAAAGCAUCAUCCCAGACAAUUCCAUUAGAACUCCACCCACGGCAUAGGCUUGCCAGUUUUGGUGGCCUGAGCUCAAGUGGUACUCUGUCCCCUUAUACCAGCUGGAAUGCCCUUAAUCCGACACAGACCCAGGCAGCGUCCAAGAGAUCGGUUCCUGAAAAGGUCAGUCAAAGUGCUUCUACAGUGAGUAGCACUCUAAGAAUCAGUCCCUCAAGCUCUGGCCGAGCUACUCCAGUGGCUAGUGUUAGUCCAUUGCAUCUUCAGCAGGUCAGGGACCAGAUGAUGGUGGCUCUGGAAAGGCUGAAAGAGCUAGAAGAACAGGUAAAGACCAUACCUGUUCUACAAGUAAAGAUCUCUGUCUUACAGGAAGAAAAGAGACAGUUAAUUGCUUUCAUGAAGCACAAGGAAAGUCAAAGUUUAGGUUCUAAUGUAGAUAAAGAUUUACAAGGACUAUUCAGGAAACGGGCACACAGCACAGGCAGUGCAUUUCAACUUCAGCAACAAAGUUCCAAGAAAGGGGAAGACGACAUGGGCAAGAAAACAUCCUCUGAAGAGUUGGAAAGUCAGGAACAUAGUGCCCUGUCUGGUCUGAAAGAAUUCAAACAACUCCAUGCCGAAAUGCAGCUUCUUGAGAAGAAGAUCCUAGAUGCUCGCUUUGAAACACAACAGAUGUCAAACUCAAAAACCUUAGGACAAAACUCUGUGACUCUGGGUGAUGACAAGAAUAUCAGCAAGGAGUGUAAACAUUCAGUAAGUUGCUGCAAGGACAUUGCAGUAGAAACCAGACUUGAGACACGAUCAACAGGAGUCGGUGUUACUGAAGAUAUGCUAGGUGUGGUGUUGGACACGGAGUUGGAACUUGAGCUGCAACAGCACACUAUCCAGGUUUUGAGUGAGACAGUGCAAACUCUAGAGGCGGAUCUUAAAGAGGCCUUGCUUAAGGCAGAAAUGUGCAAACUGAAGAGUGAGCUAUGGGAAGCAGGAUCCCGCAACCGUGCUGACAAGAGUUCUAGUGCACAACCAGAGAUGCAAAGCACUGCAGUCCAGACUAAAGCACAGACGCGGACACUUGGGGUUGGAAACCACACCCAACUUUUACAUGUCGCUGUAGGUGAAGGGGUAGUGCAUCCUUCUACUGCUGUAGGAAUGACAUGUAGGACAGAGACAAGGGGUGUGGCCUCUGGUCCAGACAUACCCAUAGAUAUGUGGGAGGUGCGGAAGAGGAUAGAGAGGAAAGAUCAAUGUGUUGGAAAAGAGCAUGUGCCAACUUGCAGUAAAGGUGUUGGAACAGCCGUGAGUGUACAUGAUAUUGGCAUAGUUACUUUGGAGUUGAUGGAAACAAUGGGCAAGAAGAAAGUACCUAGUCGAACAAUAGGCUGUGGUGAUUGCACAAUAGAUAUUGUGUCAGAUAUUAAUGUCAGUGUGGUCAAACCACUUGUUUCCAAGGGUACGGUCACAGACCCAGUCAGAGGCAUUGACCUUGGUAUCAUAGUGACCCCUCAAACCCUGUCCCAAUGCACCAGUACAGCAGGCAACACUGUCUCUCGCUGCACCAGCACUUCUCAGGUAUACGUUUCCGAAUCUAGCACCAAUACGACAAGCAUGCUUACUCGGGAAAGACAUACCAACACUGCUCAUGUAAUCACCCGAACACUUGCAAUUGGCGAUGGAAAAGUUAGUGACCAAAGGACAGCUGUUAAAGUGCGUUCUGUUGCUGUUGGGACCACUGGAUACAUGAAGGAAAGUGCAGUCACUGCUGGUAUCCCCAAAGUGAUGACCCGUAACAUUGGUGUUGGAUUGGCUAACGUUAAUGAGAACUACUUGGUGGGACUCCGAACACGGAACAUUGCUUGUGGUCCUUCCUGCUUACCAGAUCCUGUGAAAACUCGGAGCAUAGGCAUUGAGGUUGGUGAUGGGAGAAUUCGGGACAUAGAUGGGCACAUUCAGAUUCUGGCACACCCGCUACAGCCACAUUUGUAUUCACAGUUUGAACCUGGACUUGAUCAUUAUAUAGAUCGAAUGCAGAGGCUGCUAAAAGAGCAGCAGAGUCUGCUAACUGACCGUCAAUGUGAACAAAGAGAGGGAGUCACUCUUCAGCCCCAGGACCACAUAGAUGUGCAACAUGGAGUUCCUGGGAAAAGCUCUCCUUCAAAUACUAAAGACCAUUCUGAGUAUAAAACAAACAAUCCAAUGGUACAAUCUAAUGGACCUCCAGGUGAUGAUGGUUCCCUCAGAUCCAUAAUGAAGAGAAAGGACAUCAGCCAGGGAGCAGAAAGCAGAAAGACCCUCAAACCUGGGUCUCCUGGGUUUGAGCGAAUGUCCAUUAGUGAAGACUCGUUCUCUGAGGGAUUUGAUUUUGAGGAUGAGGAGAAAAGGAAGGGGAAGAGAAAGGAAGAGCAGGAGGAGAUUGGCAGCACAAAGGCUUCUAAGAUGGCUAGAAGAGAGAGGUAUAUGAUGAGUGAAAAAGUGCUUUCCUUCUGCCACAAUUUGAAGACUCACCUAAAUGACAGCAAGGCUUUAUCCAGCAGAGAGCUGCGCUCCAGCCUGAAUCCGAUACAGCAAGAAUGGUUCCGUGUAUCCAGUCAGAAGAAGUCAUGUCCAGAUACAGUGGAGGACUUCCUGUGUGCAUGCCGCCGCGUGUCACUUGCUGUGUUGACUCACGUGGCCAACAUGGCUGACCAGAAUGGAAACACAGCGCUCCACUACAGUGUGUCACAUUCUAACUUCAGGGUGGUGCAGAAGCUGCUGGAUGCAGGAGUGUGUAACAUAGAUCAACAGAAUAAGGCUGGAUACACUCCCAUCAUGUUGGCUGCUCUGGCUGCUGUGGAAACCCAAGAGGACAUGAAGGUGGUGGAGGGGCUUUUCGGGAAGGGAGAUGUCAAUGCCAAAGCUAUCCAGGCUGGUCAGACUGCUCUCAUGCUGGCAGUCAGCCACGGUCGUCUAGACAUGGUUAAAGUUCUCUUGACUUCAGGCUCAAAAGUCAACGUUCAGGAUGAUGAGGGUUCCACUGCACUCAUGUGUGCUAGUGAGCAUGGCCACACUGACAUUGUUAAGCUUCUAUUGGCUCAUCCAGGCUGUGAUGCCACGCUGAGUGACAAUGAUGACAGCACUGCUCUGUCCGUAGCCCUAGAGGCAGGCCACAAAGAUAUUGCCAUGCUGCUGUAUGCUCAUGUGAACUACGCAAAGGGCCAGUCUGUGGGAACGUCUCGAAGCAGAACACCACCUGCUCCAGCUGCAAGAGGCCUUUUUGAAUGAUUUUUUUUCUCUACUCAUUGUCCAACACUACCCACCUACCCAACACUGCCUAUCCAUUUAGCUCCUUAGUCCUUGUAUGUUUUCACAGAGCCCUUAUCAUAAAUCUGGGAUUGCAGCACA